ACAUAUCCAAAUGUCUGUAUACAUCUGUCUCACUUUCCUUGCCGCACGCAAACCCAGGUCCUAGAAAAGAGAAACAGGGCGCGAAUCUCAUCUUACUUCCACCACUAAACCAGACCAAACCCCCCAUCACUCUGCACACAAAACCCAUCUCUAAUCUCCCAAAACCAUGGCAAAUCUCUCCGAAACCUAUGCUUCCAUCCCCUCAACAGAAAGAGGCAGGGGUAUUCUAAUCUCAGCAAACCCAAAAAGCAAUGCAAUCUUGUACUGUAAUGGCAGAUCAGUGUUCAUCAGAAACCUUGACAAGCCACUAGAUGUGUCUGUCUAUACUGACCAUGCUUAUAACACAACUGUUGCGAGGUUUUCUCCCAAUGGGGAGUGGGUUGCUUCUGCUGAUGUUUCUGGGACUGUGAGGAUCUGGGGGAGCUACAAUGAUCAUGUUUUGAAGAAUGAGUUCAGGGUUUUGACUGGGAGGAUUGAUGAUUUGCAGUGGUCUCCUGAUGGCUUGAGGAUUGUUGCUUCUGGUGAUGGGAAGGGCAAGGCUUUUGUCAGGGCUUUUAUGUGGGACUCGGGGACCAGUGUUGGAGAAUUUGAUGGACAUUCCAGGAGAGUUCUCAGUUGUGCAUUUAAGCCAACAAGACCAUUCCGAAUUGUCACAUGUGGAGAGGACUUUUUAGUUAAUUUUUAUGAAGGACCGCCAUUUAGAUUCAAGCUUUCCCAUAGGGAUCAUUCAAAUUUUGUCAAUUGUGUGAGGUUCUCUCCAGAUGGCAGCAAAUUCAUCACUGUAAGCUCAGACAAAAAGGGUAUCUUAUAUGACGCAAAAACUGCACAGAAAAUUGGAGAGCUGUCUAUGGAAGAUGGCCAUAAAGGUAGCAUAUAUGCUGUUAGCUGGAGUCCAGACAGUAAACAAGUGCUAACAGUUUCUGCUGACAAGUCCGCAAAAAUAUGGGCAAUAUCUGAGGAUGGCCAUGGGAAGGUCACAAAAACAUUGACUUGCACCGGAACUGGUGGUUUUGAAGAUAUGCUCGUUGGGUGCCUUUGGCAUAACAAUUAUCUCGUUACUGUCUCUCUUGGUGGCACAAUGUUUGUGUUUUCAGCAACUGAUCUUGAUGAAUCCCCAGUAAUACUUUCUGGACACAUGAAGAAUGUAAAUUCUGUAGUAGUGCUUAAAAACAGCCCAAACGUCAUAUUGUCAUGCAGCUAUGAUGGACUAAUAGUAAAAUGGACAAAAGGCAUUGGAUAUACUGGUAAACUGAACAAGGUGAUCGAUAAAAUUAAAUGUUUUGUGGCUGCUGACGAGGAAAUUGUUACAUCUGGGUUUGACAAUAAGGUUUGGAGGAUUUCUCUACAAGGAGAUCAAUGUGGGGAGGCAGAAUCUGUAGACAUUGGCAAUCAACCAAAGGACUUGAGUAUUGCUAUUCUCUCUCCGGAACUUGUCUUGGUCGCAAUUGAUUCUGGAGUCGCCCUCCUUCUGGGUACAAAAGUGUUGUCAACUGUUAACCUUGGGUUUCCAGUUACUGCAUGUACGCUUGCACCUGAUGGAAGUGAAGCAAUCGUGGGUGGGGAGGAUGGUAAAUUGCACAUAUAUUCUGUCAAGGGUGAUAGUUUCAAUGAAGAGGCAGUUCUCGAAAAACAUCGGGGUGCUAUUACUGUAAUUCGUUAUUCCCCAGAUGUUUCCAUGUUUGCUUCAGGAGAUGUAAAUCGUGAAGCUGUUGUAUGGGAUCGUGCUUCCAGGGAGUUAAAGCUGAAAAACAUGUUAUAUCACACUGCGCGCAUAAACUGCCUGGCUUGGUCUCACGAUAGCAGUAUGGUUGCAACUGGAUCACUUGAUACAUGUGUCAUCAUAUAUGAAAUUGGAAAACCAGCAUCAAGUCGAAUAACUAUCAAGGGAGCUCACCUGGGUGGGGUUUAUGGACUGGCUUUCACCGAAGAAAACAGUGUAAUAAGUUCCGGUGAAGAUGCUUGCAUCCGUUUAUGGAAAUUAACCCCACAAGGAUAAAGAUAAAUGGACAUCAUAAAAUGUGUCAUGUUUAUACAAAACUUGUCUAUCUUGGAUGUCAUUUUCUAUGAAGUGAGGAAGAAAAAGGGCAUUGUUGUUGAUAUUUCGCUUGUAUCAGAGGCUAAUUCGAGAGGUAUGUUGCAAAUUGGAACAACUUAAUGAUUGAUGUCACAAAAGCAAUAUUAUUACGACUGAUUUGAGUGUGUAUUAUAUUGAGCAAGUUGAAGUUAUAUUCAGUAUUGAGUUUUCGAGAUGAGAUCUUCACAUUAUUGUAACGUGAAGGGUCAUUGUAGCCUUGUAGGGGAGGGAAUGAUGCAGUAGUUCGAAGAUAAAAUCGACUACUCUGUUCUGCCAAUUUCCCUAUGUGCAUUUGUAAUACAAAAACUUUGGCAUUUUGGCGUAGUUUGUGUUUGAGGUUUUGAUGUUAAUGAGCUUUUUUUUCUCUUUUUCAAAGAAGGUACUGCUACUGAGACGUUAAUUACAUUUGGGAUGUGUGUUUUUGCUUUUGUAUA